CCUAGUUCAGAAAUAGAGGGAAAUAUCUGGAAGUCAGUGGAAACGAAAAGGUCACUUGGACAGCUAUAUAAGAUAGACAAUAAUGCAGGCCUCACUCUCUGGAGAAGGAAACAAUAUCUUGAAUCAACCCUCCAUCCAAGAAGGGAUUCAGAGUAUUUUGACGUCCUGAGAAUCCAAGAAUGUCAGGGGUGGAAAAGAGCCACAGAUCUGCCUAUUGUGACAAAAGCAAAGAUUAUAGAAUUAUGCUCGAGAGGAUCCACACUGGAGAAAAGCCAUACCAGUGUUCCCAAUGCAGCAAAAGCUUUAGUCAGAACAGUUGUUCUGGAAAGGCUCACACCAGAGAAAAGCCCCUACCAGUUGUGUCAAUGUGCAAAAAGCUAUAAUACACAGGCCAAGCUGAUAAUACACCAGAGGACUCACACAGAGAAACCGUAUGAGUGUCCAGAUUGUGGAAUACGUUUUAGUCAGAAUUCUGAUUUGGUGAGACACCAGAGGACUCACACUGGAGAGAAACCAUAUGAAUGUCCAGAUUGUAAGAAAAAUUUCAGUCAAAAUUCCAGUUUGGCAAUACACCGGAGGAUUCACACAGGAGAGAAACCCUUCGAAUGUCCUGACUGUGAGAAAAGAUUCAGUCCGUAAUUUUGAACUGGUAAUACACCAGAGGACUCACACAGGAGAGAAACCUUUUAAAUGUCCUGUCUGUGGGAAAAGUUUCAGUCGUAAUUCCAGCCUGGUGAAACACCAGAGGACCUCACACAGGAGAGAACCAUAUGAAUGUCCAGAUUGUAAGAAAAUUUCACUCAAAAUUCCAGCUUGGCAAUACACCGGAGGAUUCACACAG